UAUGUAGUCGAGAACGUACUAAAUGCAAGUAUUAAAUAAACAAAUGAGCAAGUUAAAGGAGUAAUGUAUUUUGAUUGAAACACGUCGCCUAAACAAAGUUUAAUUUGAUUGAGGAAUGAGUACUAUUUAGUUUGAUGUUCUAAUGGCUUCCACCGCUGAGGAUGUUAAGUCAGAAAUUGUUAUUGAUACACCACCACAAAAGUCAAGGAUUGUGAGGACUUUUCAGCUUAUUUCUCAAAAAUACCAAUAUCUUCUGGAUUGCUGGACGCCUUACACUUUGCAAAGAUGGACAGUUACUGUCAUUUUACUUUGCUUAUAUUUAAUAAGAGUAUUUUAUUUGAAAGGAUUUUAUAUUAUAACAUAUGCUCUGGGCAUCUGUCAUCUGAGUCUCUUUAUUGCAUUUCUCUCUCCUAAAAUUGAUCCUGCAGCAAAAGAAGAUUAUGAUGAUGGUCCAGAAUUGCCAACAACUGUGAACCAAGAAUUCAGGCCAUUUAUACGUCGUUUACCUGAGUUUAAGUUCUGGUAUUCAGCCACGAGAGCCAUAUUUAUUGCUGCAUUCUGCACAUGCUUUGACUUCUUCAACAUACCAGUAUUCUGGCCUAUUCUUCUGCUUUACUUCGUUUUACUCUUUACUGUCACCAUGAAGAAGCAGAUUAAGCACAUGAUGAAAUAUCGUUAUUUACCCUGGACUACAGGAAAAGCUAUUUACAGAGGAAAGGAAGACACUGGGAAGAUUGUAACCACGUGAUCUUCUAUUCCCAUUUGUUUUCUGCGCUUAAAAUAUUAGAACAAUGCUAUUCUAUUCAUUUACUCUAUAAAUGAUUUUCUUCUAUUUUUCUUUCAUUUGUAUUUCAAUAUAUGUUAAUAAUUAAGAAGGUAAAAGUAUUUGUUAUUUUUCUAUCAGCAGUAUUUUCUUUUCUUUUAUUUCUUCACUCACUGCUGUGUACAGUUGUAUUUCUUCAACUAAAUUUGUUGAUGGUGUUUGUAUUAAAUUAUGUAUUUAAUUUUUGUUAAAAAAUAUGUGAAAACUUUUAUAAUGUUUCUCUUGAUUAUCAUUUUAAUGCCACUUUAUAUUUGUGUUAAUUUAAGAAUAAAUGUUUCUGGUACUUGGACUUACGUUUACAUAUUUAUCAUGAAAAUCACUCUGUAUUGGUCACAUUAAAAUGGUGACCCUAGAACGGUUCGUAAUUUAACUAAAAUACGCAAAAGGGAUGGGAGCUUGAAUAAAUUUAUUUUUGAUGUA